GAUUUUAAAAAAGGCAACAGAAAAAAGCACAAGCAAACAGGGGAACCUAAUAGCGGGUGCAAGAAGAGGAUUGGGAUUAGAGGGUGGAGGAAGAGGCAUUGUCCCUUUGAUUCCCUCAAAUCCAUCAAAUGGCUGUUUCUUCGUGUUCUCUUGCCUGUCAGAUUCUGCCACUCAGAAAGGUUUCUGCAAUCCCUUUUCAUUCAACAACUAAUUGCAGAACGUCGCCGUUUCCUGCUGUUCUGAUUCAAAAACAGCCACUGUUAUUUUCUUCAACGACAACGUGCUUCGCUGCAGCGUCGAGCUCAAACGACACUAGCAAUUCCAAGAAGAACCCUGUUUCUUCAAAAGAUAAGGAAAUGGAGGUGGAAGUGGAAGAGGAGCUGCCAUGGAUUCAGGAAAAGGCUUUGGACCUGGUCGAGUUCACUGGCUCGGUUACCCAAGCCAUUCCCGGACCUAGAGUGGGUCCCACCCCCUUGCCUUGGAUUCUCGCCAUUCCUCUUGCAUACGCUGGCCUCACUUUCGUCAUUGCCUUUGUCAAGACCGUCAAAAAAUUCACUUCUCCCAAAGCAAAACGCCGCAGACUGGUCAGUAAAAAUGCCACGCUAUUGAAGUCGUUGGAUGAUUUACUUCGAAAAGGAAGUGAUGAAGUUAAGUUUGAUGCUCUCAAGGAAAUUGAGAAUAAGACAGGUUUUGAUUUGGAAGGAAUUUUGCGCAAGUAUAUCCGGUAUGCCCUGAAUGAGAAACCAUUCAACCCUGACUUAGUAGCUGAUUUAAUUCAGCUAAGGAAAGCUUCUAUGUUGACUGAUUCACAAGUUGCUGCGAUUCUGAAUGAAAUUUCACGACGAAUUGUGCGGGACAAAGGCCCUGUUGUGAUGGACAAAGCAGGUUAUUCUGAAAAGGGUUUCAAGAGAAAACUGGCUGUGCAGACCCUUUUUGGAAAGGUCUUCUAUCUGUCCGAGCUGCCAGAGUUCUGUUCAAGAGAUAGCUCCUUAGUUGUCAAGGAAAUCUUCGGGGUUACAGAUGAAGAUGCUGACAAACUCAGAAUCCACACCGUCUCUGAAGCUGGCAAUCUAGAUGCACUUGAGAAGAUGGUUGAUGAUUCAGAUUCAGAAGAUGCAAGUGAGGCUUCAUCCGAGGCCUCUUAAAGCAAGUCAUAUUUCAGUAUUUAGCAUAGGAGGAGAUUAAAGAAUGACAUGAUGCUGAAAACACCAUCAUCGUCUUCCAUCCAAAAGACAAAAUUUCCGAGGAAGGGCAGUGAUUUUCAUAACCUUUUACUUGCUCUUUUCGGUGCAACUUGUUACUUACUUUCAAAAUCCCUCAUGCAUGCUUGAUAUUUUUGUCAUAACUAUCUUCAGGUCACUUUUAGCGGCAUUGAUAUUUAGAGUGUAAAAAUUGAACUAACAAAAUUAUUAUAAGAUACAUUCGGGUAUAGAUAUAGAAUCAAAUAUGUUCAUUU